AUGGCCUGCGGUGCGUCACUCCACUCCAGCACCAGCUGCUGCAGCAUGUGCACUCUCUCCGCCUUUUGCGCCACCCUCGCGUCAAACGACUCUCCACUGCCCCCUGCUCCUCCCUUGGCCCCCCUGCCUCCACGCCUGCCUUGCCCUUGCUGCUGGCAUGGCAGCACCACUGGCAGAUGCCCUGGGGACGAGGUGAGCGCGUUGCCUGACCUGAGCGCGUUGCCUGACCUGAGCGCGUUGCCUGACCUGAGCGCGUUGCCUGACCUGAGCGCGUUGCCUGACCUGAGCGCGUUGCCUGAGGUGGAUGGCGUGCAUGAGGUGCGCGCGUCGAGCCCCAUGUGGUUGUCUGCCUCCACACGCCGUGAGGCGCUGCCGGGAGGGCAGGGCGGAAAGGGAGGGAACAUAGGAGCGGUGUUGAAAUCCCAGGUGCGCCCUCGUCUCUGCGCCUUCAUCCCAGGUGCGCCCUCGUCUCUGCGCCUUCAUCCCAGGUGCGCCCUCGUCUCUGCGCCUUCAUCCCAGGUGCGCCCUCGUCUCUGCGCCUUCAUCCCAGGUGCGCCCUCGUCUCUGCGCCUUCAUCCCAGGUGCGCCCUCGUCUCUGCGCCUUCAUCCCAGGUGCGCCCUCGUCUCUGCGCCUUCAUCCCAGGUGCGCCCUCGUCUCUGCGCCUUCAUCCCAGGUGCGCCCUCGUCUCUGCGCCUAAGGUGUCGCAACGAGGCUACGGGGUGCUGCUAGCUUCUCAACUCGGCGCGGGUCUCCCUUCCGCGCAUCCCCUGCCACGCCCUGCUCACCUCCGCCCACUCACUAGCCGCCGCAUCCCCCUCCGCACCGACUGCUGCGCCACUCCGCCAAGCGCAGCGCGCUCGCCCCCGCGGGCGGGAUGCCAAAACCCCCUCUUUUCCCCUCAACCCCUCUUCCUGUCACCCCCUCUGCACGCACGCAUCUGGACGGGACGUGAAUCGCAUCACUGGGCUGGAUUCCUCCCCUCUCGCCUCUCCUCACUCGUUCGCGGGCAGAACCAAGUUGGCCGGCCAGCUUCCCUGAGAACUUGGCGCGCACCGGCCUCCUUCCUGGGCUAUAACCACUUCCAAGGCCCGCCUCCUGAUUCCUUCUUGCAGCAAGCUCAUCAAUCUUCAAGUGCUGUAAGCCACACACUCACCUGCUGUGGGCCACUCUCCCACCCCAUGCCGCUGCAUGCGCCCACCAGUAAUGUUUCUGCUCCUCCCUCAUUUCACCGUCCUGCUAUCGCCUGCAUCUGGCCGCCAUCUUCCCUUCCCCAUCCCUUGCCCGUCUGUCUAUUAAACCCCACACCCUCCUUAUUACCCAUCCCUUCCCAUCCCCCCCUCCCUCAUCCGCCUAAUAUCUCUUCUCCAUUCCUCCUCCCGCUCUCCCAACCCCCUUUACCCCCUGUGUUUGACCACCCCCUUCAUCCGUCCCUUGGCACCCUCCUUAACCUUCCUUAUCCCUCCUUAUCCCUCUUUAUCCCUCCUUUUCCCUCUUUAUCCCUCCUUAUAUCCUUUUGGCCCCCCCCUCCCUCCCCGUUCUGUGUACCCCCUAAACCUAUCCUUCUCCAUCCGCCUCCCUCCUCUCCCAGUCCCCUCUACUGCCUGCAUGUGACCACCGCCUUCCCACUACCGCCUCCCUCAUUGGUGCAGCCGUGGCUGUGGCAGUGCCAAGGGCGAAAGAAGGGGGAAGGCGACGGCACUGCUGCAGCUGCUGGCUCAAGAGAGGGGAUGCGAGAGGAGUGA